AUGGAUGAAAAGAAUUUGGCCACUGUGGACGAUUAUAAAAAACUGCUGGAAUUUGAAAGUGAUGACGAAGUGAGCGAGCGGAUUGUGAGAAGAGCAUUGCAGCGAUUUGGAGAUUCUAGUUUUUUGUGGACUUAUUUGAUACAGCUGAAAGUGGAUAGCGGUAAUGCCAGCAAAAAAGAUAUCCAGAAAUUGUUUAAUGAUGCUGAGCAUGCGGUUAGUUUACUGUUACUCUCCAGUAUAACGCUACUUCAUUAA